AUGUCACAGAACUAUAUCGGUGCACUGCGAUGCAAUCCUUUACAGGUUCACCUCCUCCCCGCCAACCCCCCUCCAAGCCUACUCAUCACCUGCCCCAACGCCAUUCCCCCUACCAUCCUCGCCAUUCUCACCCCCUUCCCUACACUCUCUAUACCAUCCGCCACAACGCCCCAACCGCCCGCUCCCCGUCCUUUCGUCUUGGCCCCUGCACCGCCCAUCAAUAACGCCUUGACCGAGUCGAGUUCGUUGAUGAUCUCGAGGCCGGUUGAGCGCGCCCAGACGAUGGGGGAGAGUUGGGAGCCGUAG